AUAUCAUUCAAAUCUAUCAACACAAACAGAAACAAAUAAAUUAAAACUUAAAUACAAUACAGACUUAUAAUGCAAAAAUAUAUUCGUGAUUAUUCUAAUUGUCUAAGAUGAAGCGCGUACACGUUGAUAGCUCGGCUCCAAAGUACCAAAGUGGCAAAUGGUCCUGGGACAAAAAAAGUGAAACAUUGGACUUUCAGCAACAUUUCGAUUUGGAGGACGCAAAUGAUCGUUACAUAAUUACAAAUGGAUACAAGUUUCUUCGCACCAUCAAUCAAGAGGAGGAAUUGAUCUUUCGACAGGUGUUCGCCCGUUCCGAUACCUCAUACGACGCGGACGCGGUGAUGACCAACGAUGUUCGCAAUUUGGUGCUCUUUUUAAUGCCAAAAGAGUUUUUAUCAAUGAAGUUUAUUGAAUUUAUGCACAAGCCUGCAGUCCAUAGACUGUUGCAUGCCUUAAUAAUAUACUUUGAUUAUUAUUUGCGGUUAGUAGAAUUUGUGCUGAUCCGUCGGGAUGAGAUAGCUGGCGAUAUGGCCCAGAUGCAAAGCGAGCAGACGAACGAAAUGAAGCGAAUAUGGUCUUCAUACUUAAGUCAGAUUCGCAUGUUGACGGGCAGAAAUUACUCCACAAUCUUAAAGGGAGACGGUGAUAUGAAGAAAUAUUACCAUACGAAAGAAGUCGUCAAUAUAUCUUCUAAGAUCAAGGACCGAUAUUUUCACGAGCAGUUUCUGGCUGUCGCCACUCAGAUCGUUUGGAUAUCGAAUCACAGGAGGGCCUAUUACGUAAUUGAGAUGGAAAUGAACCGACUUUUUCGAUCCGAACACUUUUUAAUGAUUCGGAAAGAAUAUCCUAAUUUUACACCCUUGGAAAAAAGUUUGCUUUAUGGACGUAACAAUAAGUUGAUCAACUAUCGAUGCCAAAUCUCCCCGUUGAUUCAGGAGCUUGAAAAUGUAGCCGAACAGGACUUGCCUAUCCUAUGGAUAGGUGAGCGCAGGUAUCGUGGCUCGGAUCCCCGCAUAGCCGAGCUCGAGCUUGAGUAUAUGGUGCCCGGGCCACAGUUGCGAAUGAUCGAUAUAGCACACGGCAUUAUGGGUCACCCAAAGUCGUUGUAUAAUACUCUCCUCUCGCUGGACUGGCCUUCGGUUCGCUAUCAGAAAUUUACGGCAAAGCACGAUCCCUAUUACAUUAUACGCCAGCCGAAUCUGCGCAUACCCAACAUCAAUAAAAUGGCUGUGCGCAAAAUGUCACAGGAAUUGGAGCACUACUACCAGGUUUUUCGCAUCUAUGAAUCUACCCGCCUCAACAUCCUUCUUAAUUGGUUAAAUCGGCAAAAAAUAAUAAAAUUCUAUCGCAGUGGCGGAGUUUUACGCAAUAUUAUUCUGCGUUGCGAAAAGCAAUUAGAGGACGAUGAAAAUAGACCUCAAGUAACUGAGAUUGUGGCCGAUUUUUUGGAUAUGAUGGCCAGGUUACGGAAAAAGAAGAUCCCUCUUAUGGGAGACGCGACCACAGCGGAAACUGCUCGUCCUUCUACCUCACAGUACGUGAAAGUGGGCGCCGAAUAUUUUUUCAUAGAGCCAAAGGAACGGAGCAAACGCUUACCUGUCCAGAAAUAAUUUUGAUUUCAAUUUUACAAUAUAGGGUUGAGUUCGUUUCAAUGUUUCCUAAACCUAAUAAAACCAACACUAACACACAAAACUAAA